GAGCGGCUGAGCUCAUGCUUGCACAGUCAAAGGCUAGCUGAGUUCAGAUCGAAAAACACUGGUGUCAUUGAUCAGACUUAGAGCCUGGCACUGUGCAGCUGGGGAGAGACUGAUUUUUGUGGCUACCAGCUGUCUGCAACCAAAGUCAAAGAACAUCUUGGUAGGCCAGGUAAUCUGCUGCACAAGAAGAAUGUCCGAGCUGAUGCGAUGGGCAGUGCUGCAGAUCAGGGAUUUUUUAAGGGCAUGCUUGAGACGGUGCAGAAUGAUCUCAAGGUAGGGAAUAGCAUUGGGAAGAUUGGCCUGCAUGCGGCGGACCUGCCCGAAUCAUGGGUCUGGUCAAUUCGCAGCUGCGACGUGUGGUCAUUGUAUUCAUUGCAUGCCGUGCUUGGACGCCUAGGAAACCAAGCUUGGUCACGAGGUGUCUUUGUGCAAUAGAGGAUAACUUUCUGUACUUGAUAACUGCAUCACUGUGAAAGGAGAACUUUAUUGAUUCCCAAGGUUGAGACCACAUUUCUGAUCUGGCAAUGGAUGUCAAAUGAAGAGCGCUCUGUAAUCAGCGCGAGCC